AUGUCAGCUGGUUCUGAAUUGAAGCUGAUUCCAGGGUAUCCCAAGAAACAUGGUGGCACUCCAGUUAAAGUAGGGGCUUAUGGAGGCCAGGUGAUUAAUGGAGUUCUGGCUGAUGUCUCACUCACAGUAGGUCCAGAUCCACUGACAUUCCAGGAUGUGACUGUGGACUUCUCCCAAGAGGAGUGGGAAUGCCUGGACACUGCUCAGAGGGCUUUGUACAUUGAUGUGAUGUUGGAGAAUUACAGGAACCUGAUUUCUGUGGGGAACUAUUGCAAAUAUGAUCCUGUCCAUCAACAUGUGAAGACUGAAAAGGAGUCUUCCCAUUGCUCAAAUCUUAGAAUACAUCAGAGAAUUCACACUGGGGAGAAACCUUACAAAUGUAUGGAAUGUGACAAGUCCUUUACCCAAAACUCACAACUUAAAACACAUCAAAGGAAACUACAUACUGGAGAGAAACUUUACAAAUGUAGGGAAUGUAACAAAUCUUUCACUAGGUGCUCAUAUCUUAAAAAACACCAGAAAAUUCAUACUGGAGAGAAACCUUACAAAUGUGGAGAAUGUGACAUGUCCUUUACUCAGGCUUCACAUUUGAAAAGACAUCAAAGAAUUCAUACUGGAGAGAAACCUUACAAAUGUGGAGAAUGUGACAUGUCCUUUACUCAGGGUUCACAUUUGAAAAGACAUCAAAGAAUUCAUACUGGAGAAAAACCUUACAAAUGUGGAGAAUGUGACGUGUCCUUUACUCAGGGUUCACAAUUGAAAAGACAUCAGAGAAUACAUACAGGAGAGAGACCUUAUAGUUGUAAGAAAUGUGAUAAAUACUUUACAAGUUCUGAAAAUCUUAGAAGUCAUCAGAGGGUCCACACUGGGGAGAGACCUUACAAAUGCAUGGAAUGUGAUAUGUCCUUUAUCCAGUACUCACAUCUUAAAAGACACCAGAGGGUUCAUACCAGAGAAAGGCCUUACAGAUGUAAGGAAUGUGACAAAUCCUUUUCCUGUUGCUCAAAUCUUAGAAGACAUCAGAGAAUUCACACUGGGGAGAAACCUUACAAAUGUAUGGAAUGCAAAAAGUCCUUUAACCAAAACUCACAACUUAAAACACAUCAAAGUAAACUACAUUCUGGAGAGAAACUUUACAAAUGUAGGGAAUGUAACAAAUAUUUUACUAGGCGCUCAAAUCUUAAACAACAUCAAAUAAUUCAUACCGGAGAGAAACCUUACAAAUGUGGAGAAUGUGACAUGUCCUUUACUCAGGGUUCACAUUUGAAGAGACAUCAGAGAAUACAUACAGGAGAGAGACCUUACAGUUGUGAGAAAUGUGAUAAAUACUUUAGAAGUUCUGAAAAUCUUAGAAGACAUCAGAGGGUCCACACUGGGAUGAGACAUGUAAUGUGA